UUGUUAUCCAACCAAUGACACGCCAGCCUGGUCCAUAACCCCAUCAUGGCCAUAUUACACAGACAGAGAGCCCUUAGGAAAGCCAUGUCGGGUUUACUGACUUACUGUCAGCUUAGAAAAGAAGCAAGGCUAGUUUAAGAGCUCAAGAUCUGCUAAUAAUCCCUGCUUAAUGGCAAAGAGCUUCUUUUUUAUUCUAUGGGAGAAAUAAUAAGAGGACACGUAUGAAGAAAACAGCACGCUCAUAAUGAAGGCAUUGCCGAAGCGCCGAAAUACARACAACACUUAGAAAGAUCUUUGGAAGUUUACUCAUGAAUUUAAACCURGAUGGAUCAUCGCCAUGGUUCCACGUACACUUCACUUUACCAAAUCAAGGGAGUAAAAGYAGUGAGAUUAAAUACGACAGCCAAAGGAAAAGAAUUAAGGAUUUGAUACAAAAUAAGGAUGCUUUCCUCGCACCGACCUGUCAAGGAGGGAACAUAAGUCGGUCUGGAGUUAAUAAGCCAGUCAAAAAAUCAAAAGAUGAAUCCAAGAGAAAGCUAGGUAAUGAUUCACAAGGGAAUUUUACGCUAAGAACACCAAAUCAAAACAGCCUCAAGAAGUCGCCUGAUACGCAAAAGAAGGGCAAUUUUAUUGAAACUGGGAUAUUUAUAGAUACUAAAGAUUCAAACGCGACAAAGCAACAAGACAGAAAGUCAAUAUUCCCUCCAUUAGAAGGAAGCAAAGCUGGCGUCAUCACUUGUUGUCCGGGGCAACGAGAUCAAAUAACUGRUUCUAAAACGGACGAAGAUGAAGUUAAAAACACCGAUCAAAGGAUUUUAAUGAGUGAAACUAAAACAGAAAAUAAGCUCUCUAUUGCUGAUUGUUAUGAUUUAUGCAACUGGAAACCACAGAGUUCUCUGUGCAAAGAAGCACGUCCUCUCGUGAGCAUUUUGAAACGAAAUACGAGAGUUGAAAAACGAGCUCCAAGACCUAAGGGUCAAAGAAGUAUUCAAUCAGAUAGCUCCGAAUCCUCUGGUAACGAAAUAGAAAAUGAAACUACAAAGAGAAAUAAAAAAGUACRUUUUGCUAAAGGAACGAAAUUUUCACCCAGCACCAGAAGUAAGAAAUAUAGGAAAAAGAGAAAUUAUUUGGACAGCAAAUUUGAAGACGAUAAAGAACUAUCAGGUAAUGAAAGUAACCUCGAAGAUAUGAUCGAGUUGAGUUUUCGAGACUUUAUCCAAAGAAAAAGACUAGAAAGGUCCAAAGGAAUGGCUGAAAUAUCUAAAGAUUCGAACAUGCUGUGUUUUCUGAAGGAAGAAAAAAAACUUCCAAAAGUGAAUGCGACGAAACGACAGCACAAAGAGCGACUGAGUACUAAAAGAAACGGCGCGGACCAGGAAGACCGUGCAUCCAAAGUAGAUACAUUGUUACCUACUAUAGUGAACUAAUUGCCGCCAUUUUGGUUGAGUUUAAAAAGCGAUUUGUUAUGCUAUAUCAACCAACAUGACUGCCAUUUUUUUGUCCUUUCAUUCUCUUGGGAAUGUCUGCAAACCGUUUAUACAACUAACAAAAUUUUGUCAUCUCUAAUAUAUAUUUAUUUAAUAUAAAUCAGUUUUGUUUGAAAGGGAAACCAUUUGUACUCAGUGUCACGUGUCACAUGUGUGAGGUGAAAUCCCCUGAUUUUAAUAUUAAUGAAAUAUUUACUGGCGCUCACUGAUAUUUAUAAGUAAUAAAUAUUGAUAGAUAUAGUUUUAUUCUGUGUUCUGAUGAAAAUUCACUAAAAAAAUGGAUUUCAAAAUACGUCGUCCAUGUGUCGCUGUUCAUGACUGCGCAUGUCCUAAUCCGCCAGGGAUCUUUGCAAUUUCUGGCGACAUGUUUUUCAUUUACUUGUAAAAUUUUUGCAAAACGAAAGUAUCUUUGGGUUUUACAAAUUAGUAUUUCUCCACGUGUAUUAAUAGACUAAACACGGAUUGCUAUAGGAGCAACACUGAUGAAGAGCUACUCAGAGUCCCUCAUUACUAUCCACUAUCCCCAAAACGUGGAAAAUUUGAAGGAACUGAUUGUGUCUAACACUAUUAUUUUCAACUCUAUUGAAAAUCUUUAGUUCGAAAUGUGACCAAUUCUUUGCCGAAAACAAAAUGCAAGCAUCCCUCUACUUCAUUCGUUUUUUGCCUGUGGCCCAUUGUAAUGUAUAUAUACACUUCUUUAAUGUAUCGGGCCCCAUAGGUGGCGACAUUGAUAGAGUCUUUCAUGAUUGAAAUAAAUAGAAUGUAAAUAUUUAACACCCUCUUGCUUUCUUAAACGCUGUUCCCUUCCUUCCCUCGUACCACACACACAGUUUAAAGCCUGACAGUUUUGUUCAGUUUACAAAUUGUAGAAUUUCUUUCCUGUGAUGAAAUUUACUGUUAAUUGAAUUCGUGUGUCAUCUAACUUCAUUAACACAUCUUCAUCGCCAGCCCAACUCUAUAUUCUUUUGAAGAAUAAAAUUGUUUGUAUUCCUWAUUAGUUGUCUAAACAACACAUUAAAAGAAAACCACUCAGCCAUGUACACAGAUUGAUAGAACAAAAGGGUCGAGUUAGAAGAUGCUGGCCUAAAACUGAACCAGAAGCGGAGAGCCUAACAAGUCGCUAUAGAGCUACAUGAAUGACCGUAACUGGACGUUUUUCUGUUUACAGCUUGGUUCUUUGGUUACAAGGUUUGUUGACCCGGGCAACAGAAAGCGUAGCUUCGGUGGUGCGAAAACAACUUUAUUUUUUGUCUACGUGCAUUUAUCUGACGAGUUUCUUAGUAUUAUCUCGGUAUUCAAGAGAAAUUUGCUGAAAACUAGCUCAAGUUCACUUGAGAAGAGCUCGAUUUACCGGACCUAAAGCAGGAAAACGAAAAAAUCUACCAGGAUUAGAUCAAGUUUGCUAAAAGAUUUCAUUAACACUGAACAAACAAAUCUAAGGACAACACGGCUGAAUGGCACGUAUCUCAUAUAAUGGUAAAGUUCUUCCUACGAAAGCUAGACGAGCCAUUAAGUACAGCUUAAGGAAUCUAGAAACAUCUCUUUACCUUUUUUACCGAUAUAAAAGGCGUGGAGAAUAAAUCCUACUUGACGUAGGACGAAGCUGAUCUCGUGCCGGGAGUUAAUAUAAACAUCCCUUGGAUAGCAGGAACUGACAAUAAUUAAACUUCAACUUUAAAAUAUUUUUACUAAAUCAGGAAGAAAUAUUAUGUAACUGAUUUCCUUUGGAAACGAAGUGAAUUAGUUAUACUCCUGUGGUCGGUUGCAAAAUCUGCUUGAUAUCAUCACAAGUUCGUCUCUUGCUGCUAAAGAACAAAGUUGCUCGACAUUCCAAUUUAUCUGUCAAAACUGUACAAACAUUGCUGUUUCAAGGAAUCGUUCUAUCCUGUAAACGAACAUAUUCUCAAGUUCCAGAAGAUCGGUUAACUCAUUUAACUGUCAUCAGUCUUAGUCAUAAAGCUAAGUAUGGGGGAAUAAAAUAUCGAAAGCCAGAGGAGGUGGCUUUGGUAAGUCUUACACACAAGGAAACUGAACAAGGCUCAAAACGAACUCAGGAAGAUUUUUUAUUCAACUGAACAAGUUAUGUCGCUAAUUACAGAAUAUAAUCUUUCUUUUUCUGAUAUUGAAAAUUGUACUGCUCCGCGUAAACCUCGUUCUAUAAAACCACAACAAUAUGUACAAGCAGUUGAUUAUGAAAGAGAACUCUUGACCAAGCUACCUCAAAUAGCAAGCACCAAGUCUACAAUUAAAGAUGGCGUCGUCGAAGAUGGAACCCUCAAUGGUGGGUUAGGAAUAAAAGGAGUUGGCAAACUACACAAUGAUAGUCAAGAAUCAUUCAAGUAUAAUAAAACUGAACGAAGAAAAAGAAAGAGGAAGAGGAGACAAAAACAUUGCGUUAAGUUUAGUGAAGAUUGUUAUGACAAUGAUGAUGAGAGUCUUCACAGUACUGGGCCAUCUUUGCUACCUAGUAUUCAGUCGAAGAAAUAUACUUGUGAAAACAAAGCAAAUCCAGUAGAGAAGUCAGGAAAGAGCAUGGCAGAACUGGCGAACUAUUUCCGAUGUUACCAUGGAAGUAAUGACAAGUUACCGAAAACAACAUUGCAGAGGUCUGACCAUGGGGUACAAAAUUUUAAAAACUUCAAAAAGAACGCUGAUGUUUUGUUAGCUGAAGCUAUCGAAAGAGACAAAAACAGUCAAAAACAAGCGAGCAAACAGUUGGAGCGAAGUGUGCUGCGAGGAAGAGGGAUGGGGCAUACAUGUCCACAUCAUUAGCAAUAAUGUAACUGAAAAUAUAUAUAAUAUCUGUAUGUAGUAUUGAGCUGCAUGGUAUAUACAUGUGCACACCAUAAGAGAAUGGUGUAUGUCACUGUAUUUAAAAUUGCGCACCAUUAGCAGUGACGUAACUGCAUGGUAUAUUCAUGUACACACCAUAAUAAUGGUGCAUGUCACUAUAUUUACAAGUGCGCACCAUUGGCAGUGGCGUAACUAGAUGGUGUAUACAUGUCACACCAUAAGAAUGGUGCAUGUCACUAUAUUUACAAGUGCGCACCAUUGACAGUGACGUAACUGUGUGGUAUAUACACGUACACACCAUAAGAAGGGUGCAUGUCACUAUAUAUUUACAAAUACGCACUACACUACCCUUGUAGUGCUUUAAUUUAAUUACGCCAUGUCCUAAGCUAGUUCAUGACCAGAAAGUUCAUGAAUAGAUUUUAUAUGCUGUACGCAAUAAUGAAGGCGUAGGACACAUUAUUACGCUUUUGAAAUAUUUGUAGUUCAGUUCAGAAAUCAAUAAAAAGUAUAAGAAUG